CCUAGAUGUAUUAAAAGUGUUGAUUCCUACUAAGAUACAGGAUACUGUUUUUUUAGAGGCUAGAACCCAAUUUUACUCCUCUGUGGAGUACAAUUAUGGAGGCAGAGGAAUUAUUAUUCAUAUAUCUUAAGUAUGACUUCAUUACGCUCCAGUAUGACCUAUUUGUAGCAGAAGGAAAGUUCAUCAUUGUCAAAUCUUAUCAUCUUUAUGAUAGUAGUAGUAGUUUAAUACUAUUCAAACUUCUUGAAUGUGAGAUAAUGUUAAUAAUUUUGAUGCAUAAAAGCCACUUCUUAAUAAUAAUCUAGUAACAAGAUAAUAUAUAUUUAUCCUAGAUUUGAGAUUUAUUAGCGAUCCUCAUGAUAUUUAAGUAUAUGCUAGUGGAAGCUGGACACCA